AUGAUCAGGCCUAGGUCGCUUGAAAGCGAUAUUCUUCUCUUAUCACUGCCACGACAAAAUUCCGCACAAUCCAAUUCUCCACUGACGCAAAUGAUAAUCAACCCACCAAGUACUCGUCCAUCCGAGUCGCUCCCCUCUCCAAUCUUCGGCAAUCAUCAACAAGUCGAUCCUACCGACCCGCAAAGAACAAUCAGAAGAACAAACACGACCGCCACAUGUGGCGCCGCUCAAUUACCACCGAGCAAAGGCCGUCUCCUCCUUGAUUCCGACGCUUCGACAUCCCCGGAGCGGUCCAAGACCACCCAUUCUGUUUCUGACAUUCAUGGCUUCGGUGACACGCGGCUUGCGCUGGUCCGGCGGUCGAUGAUCGCACGGCGCACCCAGCAGCGACUCAGAGAGAAGCGCAGACGAAAUCGAACGGUCGCACUUUCGCCUGAAGAUGAUCGAAGAUCCAGCUUUAUAUCUACUUUUCUCGAUCAGAAAUCGUUAGAAGACAGGUCCACACAAAUCCCAAGCCAGCCGUCAACCCUUUCGAAAGAAGCAGAAGAAGCCACCAAGCAGCCUGAAAAACUGGGCGAUCUAAACUCGACACUGACGGCCACUUCUCCAACGCAAAUUAAAGAACCGCUAAAUAUGAACAGCUUGGUGCUACAGGCAGAAAACAAUGAAAGCUCUUCCGGUUAUUGGACGGGAGGCAGCACGAUUCAAACUCUUCCUGAUCGCUGUGUGCAAGAACUGAACGAUCAUAACCUCAUGAAGCACAACUCUCGCUUCAAUAAUCACUCCUCCAUCAGCGACCAUCGCACCUUCUCUCCCCUGCUACAAUCAGCAAAAUCAGAAUUCAGCACGACGGAUUCCGAGCCGCUCCUCUUCGCGCGUCCCAAACCACCACCACCCUCACGCUCAGAUUCAAUCCCAAACUCGCACUCUGACUCGCAACCGCAAAGUCCCUCGCCCGAGCCGCUCUUGAUUGAAAGGCCCUCGACACUCGUUGGUCUAUCGGACAGCUACUUGAGCGCUGUCAAUAGCUGCGAAAUGUCUGUACUGACGCCGUCUGACGCUUCAGAAUCAGGCAUUUCCUCAAAUUUGGAGCAGUUCGCUUUUCCAUCUCCUCCAAAGAACAUCCCAAAAUCGCCAACUAAAAAUCCCCUCCCACCAUCGUCUUGCAAUCCAAUGCAAGAUGAACUAGCUGCGCGACUUUUCCACCGCCGCUCAAAGAUCGAACGAAUUGAAAACGGCGAAGAAGAGGCAUUUGAAAAGCCUGCUAGAACCUUCUCUUCACCAGAGCCAGAAAAGGUUUCUCUUUCGCCAGUUUCAAGCCCUAGAAAAGUCUCACCGAAGAAGAUUCUUUUCGGAGCCCCCUCAAGCCCGGCGAAAAGUGACAGCACGCUAGAAGAAGACUCGAUAGAAAUCACUGUCAUCGAGAAUCCCAACCGGGCUUUAUCAGAUACUUCUGAAACCGAGCCGCUGCCAAAACCGGAAGACGAUGAAGUCUUCGAACGAACCUCUUCCCCUGCUUCACUUUCCCCAAUCCGUUCUUCGUCAGUUUCGCCUGGAAGAAGACCAGCUGGACUUGGCUUAGGCUUGAGAGCCACUCAAAGCUUAUCUUCUAGAGGCCGCUCGGAUUCAAGACGCGCGAAGAAUCUCUUGACAAAGAAUAACACAGCGAAUUUCAAAUCCCUUCUUCUCCAAAACAUCUCAGGAGGAUCAAAGAAAGAUCGAAUAUCCGCCGCAGAAAGACUCAAAGUUCAACCUGGCCAAACUCUUCAGGAUCUUUACAAGCCAAAAUCAGACUCAGCAUCAAGUCCGAAUCGGUCAAAAUCGGAGUCAUUAACAACUGAUCAAAGCCCGAAAAGACGGAACAAAUCGAAAAACCGCUUCAACUCGGCCCACCGCCUGACCUCUAUCGUUGAAGAAAAAGACCUCCAAGCGGCGAAAGAAUUCUAUCAAAACAACUACUGUAAUACAAACGGAGACAACUGUAACGAUUCUACCGCUACUGCAAAAACGGAAAACUGUACUACCACUAAUGACAACUGUACGAGCUCAGAACAACCCGCCGCCGAUCAAAAGAAUCAGACAGCAGUUUGA